GACGUGUGGGGGGCGUGGUCUUGUACCUGGAACUGAGAGAGAGGGGGUUAAAUCUGCAGUGAGGACUAGUCUAGUCACACAGAUUACCUGUCGCUGUUAGUUUGAGCUGCUUGUUUACCCUGGAGAGAAGAACCGAGACGAUCAGAGCGAGUGACUAGAGCCGUGCUGCACAUCCCACUGACAAUACCUGAAGACUGCCUUAUCCUGGUGAAAGCCAAGGAACAACGAUGGAGUCUGUUUACAUUAAACAGGAGGAGGUUGUGGAACUGGUACCUAUCUGCAUUAAACAGGAGAUGCCUGAACUGGAGCCUGUCCACAUUAAAGAAGAGACUGAACUGGAGUCCGUCCACAUUAAAGAAGAAGAGACUGAACUGGAGUCCGUCCACAUUAAAGAAGAAGAGACUGAACUGGAGCCUGUCCACAUUAAAGAAGAGACUGAACUGGAGUCCGUCCACAUUAAAGAAGAAGAGACUGAACUGGAGCCUGUCCACAUUAAAGAAGAGACUGAACUGGAUGUCCACAUUAAAGAAGAAGAGACUGAACUGGAGCCUGUCCACAUGAAAGAAGAGACUGAACUGGAGCCUGUCCACAUUAAAGAAGAGACUGAACUGGAGCCUGUCCACAUUAAAGAAGAGACUGAACUGGAGCCUGUCCACAUUAAAGAAGAAGAGACUGAACUGGAGCCUGUCCACAUUAAAGAAGAAGAGACUGAACUGGAGCCUGUCCACAUUAAAGAAGAGACUGAACUGGAGCCUGUCCACAUUAAAGAAGAGACUGAAUUGGAACCUGUCCACAUUAAAGAAGAGACUGAAUUGGAACCUGUCCACAUUGAAGGGGAAUCUGCUGACUUGUUGUUUAAGGAUACAGAAAAUAUAUCCCGGCCAAAGUUAUCACAUCAGUGUAAUGAAUGUGGAAAGAGCUUCAGCCAGCCAGGAAGCCUAAAAACACACCAGCACAUUCACACUGGAGAGAAGCCGUAUCACUGUACUGAAUGUGGAAAGAGCUUCCGUCAGUUAGCAGUCCUAAAAAUACACCAGCGACUACACACUGGAGAAAAGCCGUAUCACUGUACUGAAUGUGGAAAGAGUUUCAUGGAGUCAGGAAGCCUAAAAAGACACCAGCGAAUUCACACUGGAGAGAAGCCGUAUCACUGUUUUAAAUGUGGGAAAAGCUUCACUGACAAAGGAACACGAAACAAACACCAGCGAAUUCACACUGGAGAGAAGCCGUAUCACUGUUUUGAAUGUGGGAAGAGCUUCAGUGCGUCAGGAAGCCUAAAAACACACCAGCGACUUCACACUGGAGAGAAACCAUAUCAAUGUACUGAAUGUGAAGAAAGCUUCACUAACAAAGGAAAACUAAAAAAACACCAGAGAAUUCACACUGGAGAGAAGCCACACCACUGUAGUGAAUGUGGUAAGAGCUUCAAUGUGUCAGGAAAACUAAAAAUACACCAGCGAAUUCACACUGGAGAGAAGCCAUAUCAAUGUACUGAAUGUGGGGAGAGCUUCAGUGAGUCAGGAAGCCUAAAUAGACACCAACUCAUUCACACUGGAGAGAAACCGUAUCGCUGUGUUGAAUGUGGGGAGAGCUUUAGGCAGUCAGGAAUCCUAAAAACACACCAGCGAAUUCACACUGGAGAGAAGCCAUAUCAAUGUAAUGAAUGUGGGGAGAGCUUCAGUGAGUCAGGAAGCCUAAAUAGACACCAACGCAUUCACUCUGGAGAGAAGCCGUAUCACUGUGUUGAAUGUGGGGAGAGCUUUAGGCAGUCAGGAAUCCUAAAAACACACCAGCGAAUUCACACUGGAGAGAAGCCAUAUCAAUGUAAUGAAUGUGGGGAGAGCUUCAAUGUGUCAGGAAACCUAAAAAGACACCAGCGAAUUCACACUGGAGCCAGCCUCCCUCCCAGUCCCUGACCUCUCCACCCUGCUUGUUUGAGUGUGUGGAGAGCUGACUGAUUCCUUGUCUCUCUCUCUCACCCUGCAGUAAAUGAAGGGGGUCCCCAGGAGUGAGAGCCAGCCUGAAUCCAGGGACACUGAGAAGGGGAGCGUGUCAAACUGAAGGAGACAGACCCAUUCUUUCAGAAUGAACUGCAUUGGAAAUUAAUCUCACUUAUCAUGCUGUGAGGAUUUAUGCCAAGCUUGUUUCUGUGAACACAUUAAACAAAGAUGCCAAAAACACACCAUAUUUUUAAAAUACCAUUACUGUACCAGUGUCGGUGAGAACAGAAGUGAAUUAUUUAUAAGAAACUAAAACUAAGAAUCUCUUCAUGGGUGUGGCAGCAGUGUGCCCUUCAUAUUACUAGAAUGGCCUGUAAGCUAUUGCACCAGUGCAAGCACAAGCUGAAACAACCUUUAUUUUUUUUAUAUCACGUGGUGCACACUUUGCACUGGAGCAAGUGCUGUUUUGGGUUUGAAUGAACUUGACUGCUUUGAGUGUUUAAAGGGCACAUAUAGACCUUUUAUUUUAUUGUGUUACAUGUUCCCAUGUGUUUACGUAAGGUGUGUAUUGUUUUUAUUUUUUUAUACAUUUUGACCACUUUUUUUAAACUUUUAAAUUACAUUUGCUGCCUCAAGAUGGCUUCCCAUGUACCUGCAUGGACCUCUCAGAACUACAUUUCCCAUCAUCCUCCUGCUCACAUUUGUAACUGAGAUUAAUUUACCAGUGAG